CCAAAAACCGCACCACACUCGCUAUCCGCACACGACCGAUCGCUUCCGAGCGCGCCAUUACUACCAGAAUUUUACGGAGAGAAAGUUGAAUCGCUGUUUGAGAGAUCCGGCAGGGGGGUCAGAGCCUCUGUGGCUCUUAGGGACGACCGUUCAGCGCCAUGGAUAGACGCAACAGUGACGAUAACGAGCCAUCUCGGCGCUCGAGCGAACCCGAUGUUUUCGAUGAUGAUAACGAAAUCGAUCCGAGCGAAGAUGACUUCAUGCCCUCAGUUUCGGACGGCUUUCGGCCAGCCAACGCUAGCGAGACGUGGCACAGCGACCGUCAGGACCACGACCGGAUAGCUACACCGCAGCGACAGACGUCCACGUCAAAACCCAACAGCACAGAUUUGCGGAGGACGGCUACGCGGAACAGCACCGCCAAAGUAUACGACCCCAUGACGCAAGAUGGCCGAUCGCCGCUCAACAGGGGACCCAGCCAACGGUCACCCCUGGGGCAUACACAUCGCGACUCGGUGAGCUCUACGGCGUCUUUCGCGACAACUAGCAAUUCAGAAAACCCUUUUGAGACUGGGCCCAGCCAUCCCUAUGGCAUGUAUCCGCAGCUAUCCAUGGCGCGACCAUUGAGUGUGGCGACGAGCUCGACAGAGCGACAGCCACAUCGAUCCAUGUCGUUACAGCGGCCCACUCAUCCGUAUGCCAUGUACUCGCAGAGUGGAAUUGUCGAUGAGGAACCACCAGAAGAGCCCGCACGGCCACCUGCACCCCCGGUACAAUCGGCUAUUCCCGUUGGAUUCCCGGGUUUAAACAAUGGCUACCAUCGAGAAGCUCCUCUCUUGCCUUCCGUCACACCCGCCCGGCUGCCCCCUCAAAGACCAGAAACUCAAACCGGCAAUGUGGCACCCUCUACCUCCACUGCUCCAUCAAGCAACCAUACUAUACCAGCUGAGCCUUCAGACUCUUCGUCUGCGUCAUUCCAACCGCAGGUCACUGGUCAAAACGGAUCUCUUUUUGACGCUGUCCCUAUUUCAGCCCCCUCUGGCAUGGCUUCAAUACCUACAGGGCCUUUCGCGCUUCCUAUGGGCAUACCGCAAGAGAGCACUCCAGGAUGCUUAACUCAAGCAAAUCAAUUCUCUGCAUGGUCGUGCAAGAUGACUUUUGCUCCCCUCGUUAUAACGGUCAACCAAACCACUGUCGAUGGCGAUACCGUGCAGGUAGCAUCUAUGGGCGCUGGUCCUUCUGUACCUAAGGGAACUAUCCUCUAUGGCCUCCAAACCCCCACGCUAGACAAGAAGCCACUUAGCCUCGUACUUGACCUGGAUUUCAAGGCUUAUGGCCCGGCUUACCAUUUUUCUGCUCGGUAUGACAAACUGGUCAUCCUGCCACCAGAGCAACUCAACCUUGGGUCAGCAAUCACGCCACGACAAGAAGUAAUGUAUAGGCAACGAUUUGAGGUGAAGCCUGGCGACUAUCCCUGGUAUUGUUACUGGAACGACACAUACAUCGAGGGUUAUAUCUACGUGCAGGACAACUCGACGGCAGCCUCAUUUACGUCUUUUCCUACUGAAUGGCCUACCCCCACUCCAUCCACCCUGCAAACCGUUUCCAUUGAGGCUCUGACCGUUACAGCAACAACAACGGACACUGUUUCAGUGGAUGUUAUCGAGACUGCCAAGCCAACUACAUCUGCUUCUGCUCCUGCCAGUCGACGAGAUACAUCUUCCGAUGAUCCUCCAUCGCGUAUGCCACCUUACCCGCGUACUGUCAAGAUUGAGGAGCGCCGCCUCGCCAACUCGCCACAGCCGUACUGCCAACAGAUGGUUCUAUUAGACAACGGACAGAUUACGACAGCACCAGGUCCAAACGAUAGUCCAAUCAGAAUAUGGUUGCAAGAGGCAGAUCCGAGCUACGAAGAGUUCCUUGCUGCUCAGCCCAGCAAUGCCCCGCCAAACAAGGGCAAGCGUCAAAACCCUCCUGAAAUGCAGAGACGUGCCGACCCACCAGACGCCUGCCACUGUCAGUGGAUGUUUAGCUAAAUAAUGGGCGCUUGGUAUAAGCUUUUUCAUUAUUUCAUCCAUUCCUGGAGCGAGGGAUGCAUCCUGGACUACGACUCCUUUGUUUUCUUUUCCCUUCCAUGCAAGCACUGGGUAUAUCUUAUGUUGUGGUGUUUAUGGCGCUUUCCCACUCGACUGCUUACGAGUUUUCACGCAUAUCCGGCAUAUACCUGUUCUCAUUUCCUUUAGUCAUAUUGUUGCAUGCUAUGCUUAUAGCGUUUGUCUCUGUGUCUUUGAUAGGAUGGAAAGGGGGUCCUAUUGGUCUAUAUCGGCGUACAAUGUUCCUUCACUAGCUUGUACAUAUUGCGAUGGUUGGAUCCGGAACCGCGAGUUAUAGUUGUCGCGUGAGUUCAUGCUGAGGAGGUAGUAGAUAGAAUAACCUGAAAUACCAUUGGCAAUCAUAUCAGCCUAUGU